AUGUGUGUGUCCGUGGCGUUCGUCAAGCGUGGACGCUCCCUCUUGUUGGAAGUCUUCACCCGAUUCUUGAACAUGGUAACCUAUUUUUCGUUUUUUAAAGGAAACAAACACUGGAGGCGUUACGAAGCACUAAGCAGCGUGCUGUCGUACGAGAUGUUCGAUUUACCGUUGUCCGAGUCGCAGGCGAAUAUCGAAAAGGAGUUCUCGGGCAACAACAGGAUGCUGCUGAAGAUGUUCGUGCGGCGAAUCAGCAGUCACCUUCAGCAGUUGAAAAGCGCCGUCUACCGUUCACUGAACGAACUGCUGAAUAUUGUCGGCUUGUUCGGCAUCUACGACUGGUUACCGUUGCACCACGCGGACAAGUAUCGGAAGCCGCUGGAACGCGAUCAGUUCAGCCUUCACAAAAUGAUUGUCGUCGCCACCGAAUUCGGCAAUAUAUUUGGAAUCGACAGCCAAGACGGCAGGGUUGUUUGGCAUGUUUACCAACCACGACUCUCUCCGAUUAUGAUCAACGACAAACGGUCGCUGCCUAUAUUCGUCCAGCGCAGCACGUCGCACUAUCGUUACUCAGCUCAGUGCGCGGUGCUCGGCGAAAACCCGUUCUGUAAACAUGAUUAUUUUUUAUCGAUCCAGCUGAAUGGUCACAAACGUUUGGUAGUUUUUGAUCCGAUCACUGGUUCCCAGAUUGCUGAGGUGAACUUCGACGUGCCGAUAUCGUUGGCGUCACUGUUGCCGUUCGAAUCGUUCGACGGAAUCAAGGGCAUCAUCUUCCUGACAAACGGCAAUGAUGCAUACGUCUAUCCGAGGAGCGUCGACAUCCCCGUUUUCCCUGAUUUGCGAUCCAAGCCGGUGAUCGUCGUCAGGUCAUCCGCAAAGUCUGCCAUGGUGUUCGGCUACCUGCUAAAACAAAGGCAGCUUGAGGACGACUCGACUUCCGCUAAUGCAGGCAGCAGUCUCGCUCGAUGGACGGUCGAAGUUGCGUGGAAAUCGCUGCUGUCCACAGGCCUGAAAGACGGCGACGGCGGUCGCGUUGUGGAUCUUCGACUAAAACGACUUGACAGCGAUCGUAGCGUUCUUUACAAGUAUUUAAACCCGAACCUGCUCGUCGCAUUGGUGCAGAGCAAGGUGCACCGAGGCGAGAUGACAUUGUUCCUGCUUGACGGUGUAAGUGGCGAAAUUCUGUUUGCCGCUGCGAAAAACCGACUGAUGCCCCCGUUCCAUCUGUUGCUGUGCGAAAACUGGAUUUUGUGGCGUGCAGCCGAGGCAGUUGUGAUACUUAAGUAUCUUGGACUAGCAUUCGCGAGUGAAAGCGGGUCGCAUAUGGAAAUAGGCACCCAGCUCGGCCAGGCGACCGCGCUGUUGUUUCAUGUAAACCCGUCGGCGAUGGUGUGA